UGGUCACGCGGAGAGCCUUUUUCUUUUUUCCCCAAACCCAUCCAAAAAAAACACACACAGAGUGUUCACCAGGGUGGGUCUUUAAAGAUUGGACCAGGACCACUACAUCCUUAAAUUUCCGUUUUCCACUGGAUUGCCCUGCAACCAUCUCAGGUGAUGCCACCCCAAAGGCUUCCUGGGUGCCCGGCUGUGAAGGAGAAGGGCUGAACGCUGUCCUGCUCCUAGUUCCAGUUGCUCUCCAGUCCACCCUGCCCCCUCUUCCCCGUCCUUCAACUUCACACCUUCCACACUGCUUCCCUUGACCCACCACCAACUCUGCAACGCUAACUGUCUUCACCCAGACCCCGGUGCCUUCGUCACAAACAAUUAUACCCCCUGGCUGAGGGCCAAACCCAAUGGCUACAGGCGGUCAUGCCCCUGAGAUAGAUGUUUUGAUCAACCUGCAUCAGGUGAGGGACGAUGAGGGCAAUGAGGAAGAAUCACUGGCUGACCAGAACGAAGAUGAGGCGGAGGAGGAGGAUUGGGAGAAAGCACUGUCUGUCAAGUAUUUUGCUGACAUCAUCAGUGAAUCUGCAUCCAUCAGUGGCGACAGGAUGGGUCGAAACUACACAGAAAAAGAUUUUGAGUAUCACAGGCACACAAUUCAUCACAUCCACCACCCCCUCUCCACCCACUUGCCCGUACCCCAGCGCUUACGCAAGAGGGUGCACGGCACAGAGCGCAGACGCAAAAAGAAACGGAAGAAAAGAAAGACGUCUCUGCCACCCUCGGAAGUUACGCCCACCAUCCACGAAGUGGAUGAGGAGGAUGCUGAGUCGGAAAUAGACACGCAGGAGGCGGUUGCCAUGGCCGCAGAGUUACCCCCCUGCAUUGAAGCACAGUUUAGUUUGGAGAGUCAAGAGCACUUGGAGGAAGCUCUUUCAAUCGCCACAGUCCACACAGAAAAUGAGGAGCAACGCCGGGCCCAGAAACGCACGCUCACUCUCAAGGGAGACCUUUACAGUGGAGGAUAUGCCGUCAUUGAACACCACGAGGAGAAGGAAAAGGAGUCUAUGUCCAGCAACAGCAUCACCCCAGGAUGGGCGUCCCCAUCCACCACUGCAACUCAGAACUGGUUUUGUCGGAAGUCCACCCACCAUCGCGUGACAGGCGCCCAGCGGUGCAACUAUGACCUGAGGGAGCGGAUUUGCAUUGGCAGCAUGACCGCAGUUGAGACUGCCGUUUAUCAUCAAGUGCCAACCGAUGAAGCUGAGGCCCAGAUGUUGGCCAGCGUUGAUUUGGAUGACAUGAAAAGUCACAGAUUUGAAGACAACCCCGGUGUGAGACGCCACUUAGUGAAGAAAUCAUCCCGAUUUCAGGUUGGCCGUACCAGCAACAGUUCCACUCCACUGUCCAGCCUUAAGAAGAAGAAACGAGCAUCGGACAAGAAGACUCACGAGUUGUUUGUAGAGCUCAAUGAGCUGAUUGUGGAGAAGGACCAUGAAAUGCGUUGGAAGGAGCGUGCCCGCUGGAUCAAGUUUGAGGAGGAUGUCGAGGAGGAGACUGACCGCUGGGGCAAACCUCACGUGGCUUCGCUCUCUUUUCGCAGUUUACUGGAGCUUCGCCGCACAAUCACGCAUGGGGCCAUCCUUCUGGACCUGGAGCAGAACUCUCUACCGGGAAUCGCCCAUUUGGUGGUGGAGACGAUGAUCAUCUCUGAUCAGAUUAGAGCUGAAGACAGAUCCUGCGUUCUCAGGGCCCUGCUGCUCAAACACAGUCAUCCAAGUGACAUGAAACAUCGUUUCCAUCGCUACCACUCAUCAAGCAGUCUUCACGGCAGUUCUAAUCACAACCAUGUCCAGGACACUAGCCUGCCCCUUGUAGCCGAAGAAUUGGAAGAACACCAGGAUGGCAAAGGACCCUUAUAUGACCCCAAACAAGAUGUCUUUGUCAGCCUCUUUAAAUCUGUCCACCCCGUAUCUCCGGAGAGUCAUCCGGCGGCAGCCAGAUCUUUGAAACUCCUCGCCAAGAUACCAAGAGAUGCCGAAGCUGUCAUUGUUUUAGUUGGCUGCGUUGAAUUCCUGGAGCAGCCAGCCAUGGCCUUCGUAAGGCUAAACGAGGCCGUGCUUCUGCAGUCGGUGUUGGAGGUCCCGGUUCCCGUUCGCUUUAUUUUUGUCCUGCUUGGUCCCAGUCAGUCCAACGUGGACUACCAUGAGAUUGGACGUUCCUUCUCAACUCUUAUGUCUGACAAGAACUUCCACGAGGUGGCUUAUUUCGCCGACAACAGACAGGACCUACUAAAUGGUAUCAACGAAUUUCUGGACUGCAGUAUUGUUAUUCCGCCAUCAGACGUGGCGGGCAAAGACCUCCUGAAGACAGUUGCUGACUUCCAGAAACAGAUGCUGCGCAAGCGUAAGGAAAGGGAGCUGAAGAAGCACCAUUCUUCAUCUGGCAUGGAGCAGAACAACAGAGAUAUGACUCAAGAGGAGGAGGAGGAAGGAGACCAAGAGAUUGACCCAUUAAAGCGUUCAGGAAUCCCUUUCGGAGGACUGAUUCAUGACAUCCGGCGCCGCUACCCGAACUACGUCAGUGACUUGAAAGAUGCCGUGGACAUGCAAUGCGUCGCUGCUGUUAUCUUCAUUUACUUUGCUGCACUGUCACCCACCAUAACCUUUGGUGGUUUGUUAGGGGAGAAAACAGAGGGCAUGAUGGGAGUGACUGAGCUUAUUGUUUCAACGGCAACACUUGGAGUUAUAUUCUCACUACUAGGUGGUCAGCCUCUUCUUAUCAUCGGAUUCUCUGGGCCUUUACUGGUGUUUGAGGAAGCAUUCUACAAGUUCUGUCAGGCCUACGAUUUUGAGUACCUUACUGGUCGAGUGUGGAUUGGGUUCUGGCUCAUCUUCAUUGUCCUGCUGAUUGUGGCGGCGGAGGGCAGCUUUCUUGUUCGCUUCAUCUCACCCUUUACUCAAGAGAUAUUUGCUUUCCUGAUCUCCCUCAUUUUCAUCUAUGAGACCUUCUCGAAGCUCAUCAAGGUGUUUCAAGAACAUCCGUUGAUGGCAUGGUACCCUGGUGAUGUCACCCCUCCGUCUGAGCUUCAGGACAUCCAGAACCAACCCAACACUGCACUGAUGUCUCUCGUCCUUAUGAUGGGCACUUUCUUUGUGGCUUUCUUCCUCAGAAAGUUCAGAAACAGUCGAUUUUUAGGUGGCAAGGCAAGAAGAAUCAUUGGGGACUUUGGUAUUCCUAUUUCAAUUUUAGUUUCUGUGUUGGUGGAUUACUCCAUCACUGACACUUACACACAGAAGCUCGAUGUGCCAUCUGGAUUUUCAGUCACUUCUCCUAACAAAAGGGGUUGGUUCAUCAGUCCCUUUGGUGACAAGCAGCCCUUUCCCACCUGGAUGAUGGGAGCAUCCAUUGUACCCGCCCUUCUUGUAUUCAUCCUCAUUUUUAUGGAAACUCAGAUUACCUCGCUGAUUGUCAGUAAGAAGGAGCGUCGCCUGGUGAAAGGCUCAGGAUUCCACCUGGACUUGCUGCUCAUCGUCAUUCUCGGAGCCUUUUGUCCACUCUUCGGCCUGCCGUGGCUCACGGCGGCCACGGUGCGCUCGGUGACACACGUCAAUGCCCUCACUGUCAUGAGCAAAGCCACGGCUCCCGGAGAGAAGCCCAUGAUCCAGGAAGUGAAAGAGCAGAGACUGACGGGGCUUCUUGUUGCCGUGCUUGUUGGAAUGUCCAUUGUGAUGACCGAUGUGCUGCGCCUCAUCCCUCUGGCUGUGCUAUUUGGGAUCUUCUUGUACAUGGGGGUCACCUCUUUGACGGGGAUCCAGUUGUAUGAACGCAUCACUCUCAUGGUCACACCGGCAAAGCACCACCCCGAUCACAUUUACGUCACCAAGGUGAAGACCUGGCGUAUGAACAUGUUCACCCUCAUCCAGCUGGGGUGCAUUGUGGCCCUGUGGGUCGUGAAGUCCACCGCCGCUUCCCUGGCAUUCCCCUUUGUCCUCAUCAUGACGGUGCCGUUGCGCCGCGUCAUCCUCUCCAGGAUUUUUGAGGAACGUGAGCUCCAGGCGCUGGAUUGCGAUGAAGACUCGCCUAACUUUGAUGAAGACGGACGGGAUGAGUACAACGAGAUUCACAUGCUUGUAUAAAGUCGAACUUGCCUAGAAGCCCUCAUCUUCUUCAUGCUCUUGACCUCUUGACACUCAACAAGACAAGAGUCAUAGGGCAAAACAUUAUUAAAUGUGUUACAUUAAUAGAUCAAUAAUAUAUAUUUUUUCUUUGAGUAAAAAAAACAAAAAAAAUGUAUAAUCUAAAUGUAUGGGCCUCGUAAAGGUGGUGUGGUUUUAACUUCCCUGAAAGUGUUUGUGAGUCCCUUAGCUGAAGUCAAUGAAAAUGACAAUGAAAAUGUCUAUCCCUUUAAUUACGCUGGAGGCUUUGGGCAUAUGUGCAAUUGAAUGGUCACCUCUUAGACAACAGUAAGAGGUUGGUGGAUGAAUGCGCGGGAACAGUAUUGAUUUCCCGUCAUCACCGAUAUAUUCAGAAAGUCAUUGAAAUCCCUGAAAGCCAAAGGAUGGUGCAGGAAAGUCAGCCAAGAGAUAUUGCGUAGAUUAGCUGCCUUUAAACAAGUGCCAUUUCUUUUAAAACACUAUGAUGUGUAAAAAUUGGGUAAAUACGGUUGUGAUUAGUUGUUUAAACUCAUUAUGAGAAAACUUGGGGUUGAAUCCAUUUGGCAUUUUAGCUCUAAAAUUAUUCAUACGUUACAGUUUGGGUUUGCCAUGAUAGUGUGAUUAGAAUCUCCUUUUGAGGGAGGUUUUUAUGUAUAUUACCCGAAUUGGGAUGUCACAAACCAUAACUAUUUGAUUGUAUUGUAAGUUGCAGAAUUACACUUUGUCAAAAACACAUCUUCAUUCAAGUAUGUGAUGUCACAAUUUGUCAAAUUUCAGAACGGCUUGCUCACAGACAUGUUUUCAGAAAUAGGCAGCUAACAAAAGAGAAACUUUGUUGUGUAAUGUCAUACUUGAUGGUUGGGCAGGCCCUCCAGAGACACAACUUUAUGUAUACGAGCAAUUAAAAAGUCAAUAUAUCCCCCUCUUCAAAGAUGUAUGUUAAACAAUUAUUCCAUCCAGCAAAAAGAAAGGUUCAAAUACCCCAGAUUACAAAGACAUUCUUGCCCAUGGUGAGUUUAUGUAAACUUCUGACCACAACUGUACAUCCGUCCUUCUUUGUCCAGGCUGAAAGCACUUUCACUGGCAACUUGUCCCUGCCAACCAAACAAGCUCCCUGGCAAAGAUGUAAACACUCAUUGAAGCCGUUGUUCGGUCGGUGUAAGUGCACAACAUAAAAGGCCGCUUGCAAAUGAGUAACUUAUUUGUUUUGUCAACCUAUAUUUUUACAUUUAGACUUCAUGGGAAAGUUGCUGAUUAGUAAUGUUCAAACCUUAGUUUAUCUUCAAAUAAGGUAUUGGCACAGAGUUAAAAGGACAUUGCGUAAUUUGACGCACUUGAACUCCCAUCUCCAAAAAAAUGUCUAUUUGUAUUCAUCCUUUCAUGUUCUUAACAAGAUUUCACAUGUGUCAUGAAUAAAAUAACAAAACACUUCAGCUGAAAAAGCCGAGAAACUAAGCAAACACACGUGUACUGAACACGCCAGAGAGCAGUUGAGUUUUGGCAGGGUGCAUGAAUGAUGUAUUGUAUGGUAUGACUGUGAAUUAUAAUGUAGCAUCUGUGUUCAGUCAUUCAGUUUUCACCCCUGGGUUUUGCAAGGUUGCUAUAGAAUUAAAAUUAGCCGGGCCACUUUCGGGAACCUAACUUGGACAAAGAAACAACACUAUUUUGCAUAAGGUCCAAGUGAAAAUAAAUGUCUUGUAAAUUUGACACACCACAGAGAAGAGUGUUGUUCACAACCCUGCUAAAAUUGAAUGAUUGAAUGAAUCGUGAAAAGUCAAGCCGCUCGGUGACGUGUGCACUUAGGGCCAACAACGAGGCACUCUAAAGCGGCCAUGCCAGCAGACUUUCCUAAGGAAGAUGCAUUUUUGGGGUGUCCUCAUGGCUGGCUACGUACCUGUGCAUUGCAAUUACUCUAGAUAACCACUGAUGCGAAUGUAGGUGAUCUUCUUAAGUUCUUAUAUAGUGUGGGGGGAGGGGGGGUGGGGGGGGUGGCAUGUCGGAUGGAAAUUGCACUGCUUUAGCAAUGUCCCAAAAAAAAACUGGAAAACUGAAAUGUUGAAAAACAGUUUAACAUUAUAUCUCUAUAGAGUUCUCAGUCUUGCACGUUUUCAGCAAUUAUCUUUAAAUAAGCAUAAUGUAUUGAGAAACAAAUCUCUGAAUUCACUGUACGGGGUCUUUAAUGGCAUUCAACUUAACAACAGCUAUACUCAAAUGGCUGUUAUGUGUCCAUAGGAUGUUGCAAAGAAAGAAGUGAAGCGUUACACUGUGUUCCAAAUUAUCAUGCAUAUCGGAUUUAAGUCAAAUCAACAUUUGAUUUUCUUUUUUUGUGCAUAUGUUAUUAUUCAUUCUCAUAAAGCAUAGUCAUGAAAUCUCCUCUCAGCCAGAUGCAUUGUAUUAAGAGAGCAGCUGUUAAAAGUCCACUUAAUAGCAGUAAGCAAGUAUUUGAAACUCAGUCCCAAGACACCUCUCCAUGCAGGAUUCUCCAAAGGCUUGCAGUCAUGCAUAGACCUUUAUUCCAGGCACCCCUAACAAAUCUCACAAGGAGAAACAACGUUAAGGCUAAAACGGCUUUCUUCACUGAGGAUGGCCAUGAUACUUUAGAGCAGGGGUGUCAAACUCAGUCUUGUCACGGUCCAAAUUGCAGUAAUGAUUUCCCUCAGAGAGCCAUUAUGACUGGUAUACUGGUAGGUGCGGGGAAAAUUUGCCAAUCGGCAUACGCAGCUUCACCUAUUUGCAAACUUAACAGUUAUUUACAGAAACCCCUGCAUAUUUGCAGCAUUUUUUUCCUGAUCCCCCAAUUUUUCUUUUUUUCGUUUACCAGAUCCCCUGCUUAUUCCCGUGUUUUUUUUUUAAGGGAAGGAGAAAAAAAAAUAUGUAUGUAUAUAUAUAUAUAUAUAUAUAUAUAUAUAUAUAUAUAUAUAUAUGUUAGAAAAUUAGUUUUGAAAACAACUGUAACAAAAAAAUGCUUGCUAUAUCUCAAUGCCAUCCCAUGCUGUAAAAUAUACCAUUAAAAUUUAAGCUGGAACAUGUAUUAAGGGAGGAAAUACUCAAGGUGUGUCACCAACAUCCCCUGAACCCAAUGCUUUUGAGGACCUGUGAAGUAUCUCUAAAAGGAAGAUCUGUGACGCUACACAGCAAUACGUCUCCAAACAGUAACUCCGGGUGGUGAUUCUUGCAUCCUUAAAAAAAAGCAGAAAAUAUCCAUGGACUUAUCCUAUCAUUUUUCUUCAAGCUAUUUUGCAUGAUCCAUCCAUCCAUUUUCUGAGCCGCUUCUCCUCACUAGGGUCGCGGGCGUGCUUGAGCCUAUCCCAGCUGUCAUCGGGCAGGAGGCGAGGUACACCCUGAACUGGUUGCCAGCCCAUCACAGGGCACAUAGAAACAAACAACCAUUCGCACUCACAGUCAUGCCUACGGGCAAUUUAGAGUCUCCAAUUAAUGCAUGUUUUUGGGAUGUGGGAGGAAACCGGAGUGCCCAGAGAAAACCCACGCAGGCACGGGGAGAACAUGCAAACUCCACACAGGCGGGGCCGGGGAUUGAACCCGGGUCCUCAGAACUGUGAAGCUGACGCUCUAACCAGUCGCCCACCGUGCCGCCUAUUUUGCAUGAUAAUUUGGAAAUCUGUAUUUUGAAUAGUUUUGAAAAAUUCUGUCAUCAAGGUGGUUUUGUUCAAUAUACUCCUGAUUAUUAUAGAAUUUCUUUUUUUUCACUGUAAAUUACUUUGACUCUUUAGGAAAUUGAACAAAAACAGCAUAUGCUUAAUAAUUUGGAACACGUGUAUUUAGAAUUUUCUUUUUUAAAUGUUUUAAGUCUGUUUUUAAAGUCCUAUUAGGAUAUUUUGACAGCUUGUAAGCACAGAUCGGAUGGCGAUUGCGCUUGCUCAGUGGUGUAAUGGACUGGUUCACUUUUUUUGACAAAGAAAUGCAUGCAUUUGUAAGAGUUGACAUGUGGCUAAAGAUAAAAUAAAUACCUAUUUUCUUGGCAUAACCAGGUUGUUUUAUAGCUGAAGGAAUACAAUCAACUGAAGUGACCCUUCCCCUGCCUCCAAGUGCUUCAAAGUGGAGAGUAGAUAUUUGCAGUCUGUAUUUUUAUGAAUCAGCAGUGUAUUCAAAUGUUUGCUCGCCUCAAGAAUCGGUAUCGGCGUUAACACAACCAUGCCCUACAUUACGAGCCAUACAAGAAUUCUCUCAGGGUAAACUGACCUUUGAACUGUAAAUUCCCAGCCUUCAGUUAGCCGAGGCAUGUUUGUACAUAAGAUUUGCAGUGCGAGGAAAAUAUAUGGCUUUCAGUCCUGCUUUUUGUGCUUAACAAUGCAUAGAUGAAGGUCAAGUGAAGACGAAUAAUAUUUUUAAUGCUUUUGGAACGAACCGUACAUUUACAAUUGUAUUCCUUGUAUUUUAAUCAGCUCAAAAUGUGAAGCAUUUUCCUGGCUUUUAGUUUUGUAGCUCCAUGCUAAUCAUGUUGAAUUUUUUUUUUUAUGUAUUUAUUUUUAAAUGGACUUUGCUGUUAACUCCUUUGCUAAAACUGGAAUGGCACAACACAUUCAUCAUUGUGUUCUUCUUGUUAUUGAAUGUAAAUGUUUUACUGCAAGCACACGCUUGUCCACAGAUGAUUGCCAUUUAUGAAAGUUCAACAACACACACACGGUGCAAACCCAAAUUGUACAUCCAUCCAUUCCAUCCAUUUUCGUUCGGCUUAUCCUCACUAGGGUCGCGGGCUUGCUGGAGCCUAUCCCAGCAGACUCUGGGCAAGCUUAGUAGGUUAAUUGAAGACUCUAAAUUGCCCGUAGGUGUGAAUGUGGUGGUUUGUUUAUAUGUGCCCUGCGAUUGGCUGGCGACCGGUUCAGGGUGUACCCCACCUCCCACCCGAAGAUAGCUGGGAUAGGCUCCAGCAGCCCGCGACCCUAGUGAGGAUAAGGGGUAAAGAAAAUGGAUGGAUGGAUGGAUGGGUGGAUAGUUGACAAAGGGUGGGCAUGGAGUAUUUGUUUAUGAGCAAAUAAAAAAAUAUAUACAAAUUUCUAUCAUACAGUAUGUCCCCCAUUAAUGUAAUUGUGUUACGUGUCCCUAAAAGUUAAAGUCCCUAAUCACCAAAUAGACAGUAAAAAAUUAAGCUUCAAAAUGGUGAAAAAUUUGCCGUUGUCUCCGCUCUGAAAUGCUGUGGGUGUCUGCUAAAUGUGUGAAGCCACGCCCCACUGAAAAAUGUCUGCUACUUCAUCUAGCAACUUUCUAAUGCCUAUACAUUCCUACAUGUUUGGGCCGAAAAUAUAUUCGCUUAAAGCCUCUGGUGGCUGGAAUAUAUCCCACUGGGUUGUCGUGGGGCUUUCCUCGCUGCAACAAGAGGCGCUAGCCACCAGCUAGCUUGUGAGCUAACAGGAUUCUGGGGCUCUCUCGGCCAGCAUCACCACCUUGUUUAAGAAUUUAAUUCAUGACACUGAGCUGUUCUUUAAAUUGUGGCAUCCAAGGAAAAUGCAUUUUUGGGGUGUAGGCAUAGCUAUCCAGCUAACUGCAUGCUGAAGUGGUAGAACACAUAUUACCGUCUGCAUUGAGAGACAAAUCUCUGAAUUCACUUUACACUGGGGUCUUUAAGACAUUUUUAUAAAUGCCAAUUUACAUUUAAAUUCCAAAUUCCCAGCCAUGCUUGGACCAUUCUUUUCAAGGGGAGAGAGUUUCCCCGUAUGAAAAGCCUCUCUUUCAGCAACUGCCAACAAGCAGUUAUGUGCAACAUGUUAAAUACAUUUGAGUGCUACAGGGACAGUAGCCAAGUCUAGAUUGAAGCAAGUAAAUCUCACAGCUCACCUGGUUAACCUAUUCGGACUGUUAUGAGAACCACAUACAUUUGGGAACAGCACACCUAACAUUAGGCGAGUAUACAGGUGUUAUUUUUUUGGAAACCAAUCGUAAAUUAGCUGUCACUAGGUGCCGGCCAUCUGUAUGCACUGGAGCUUUGUGUUUUCUCUACCGGUUGACCAACAGCAGUCAAAGAGACUCAGGGGUCCGCUGAUCUGUUUCUCACGUCCACGUGCUCUUGUUAUGUCAAUAAUUAGUGUGUCUACAUUUGUCUGACUAUAACCAAAACCAAACUGUAAAGCACAUAUUGGCCAGUAUUUACAAAAGGACCAAUGUUGAAUUGUGGGUAUUAUUUAAGAUAAUAAAAUGUGUGGUGCUGCUAAUCUGUCUUGUCUGCUUGUUAAAUGUUGAAACAUGCAGGUUGAAAAGGAAAAUAGUUUUGUUAUGUUUCUUGUAGGCGGCACGGUAGCCGACUGGUUAGAGCGUCAGCCUCACAGUUCUGAGGACCCGGGUUCAAUACCUGGCCCCGCCUGUGUGGAGUUUGCAUGUUGUCCCCGUGCCUGCGUGGGUUUUAUCCGGGCACUCCGGUUUCCUCCCACAUCCCAAAACAUGCAUUAAUUGGAGACUCUAAAUUGCCCGUAGGCAUGACUGUGAGUGCGAAUGGUUGUUUGUUUAUAUGUGCCCUGCGAUUGGCUGGCAACCAGUUCAGGGUGUACCCCGCCUCCUGCCCGAUGACAGCUGGGAUAGGCUCCAGCACGCCCGCGACCCUAGUGAGGAGAAGCGGCUCAGAAAAUGGAUGGAUGGAUGUUUCUUGUAACCCUAAACAUUUUUUAGCCUGUCAACGGGCUUUGUUUGGCACAUUUUGUCAAGUCCGUUUGUGCAGACCACCCAGGCUUGGUUCUUUUAUUUAAAAUGUCUUAAUUGAAUUCAAAAUGAUGGUUGGAAACAAAGAUGCCCUCUGAGUUUGAGAAUACAGGUAGAAUAUAUGUAGUAGAUGUAUUAUGUCCCAAAAGCACUAAAAGAUGUCUUGUAAUAAUCUUACAAAGUAACAGAACCACAGUUAGAUUCUAGGUUCGAUUGGUGAUGACCUCUUGUAAAUAAACUAAUACACUGUA